CCUUUUUCGCAAAGGACGAAACGAACAAACAAGAGUCCUCGUUCCGUGCCACCGUCGCCACGCCUCCCAAAGCGACAGCGAGGCACGCGGCGCGAGGACUCCUCCAAGCAACGAGUCAGAAGCGGCGCUGCAAGGCGGCGGCGGCCGGCGAGAGAGGCGAGGAUAAGGAGGAGCGGAGGAAGGGGCAUGGCUCGGCGGCCGGCGUCGUGGGAGCAGGGCGGCGACGAGUACGACUACCUCUUCAAGGUGGUGCUCAUCGGCGACUCCGGCGUCGGCAAGUCCAACCUGCUCUCCCGCUUCACCAAGAACACCUUCGCCCUCGACUCCAAGUCCACCAUCGGCGUCGAGUUCGCCACCCGCACCCUCCAGGUGGAGAAUAAGACUAUAAAAGCUCAAAUAUGGGACACUGCUGGCCAGGAGAGAUAUCGAGCAAUUACAAGUGCUUACUAUCGUGGAGCUGUAGGGGCAUUGCUAGUCUAUGAUGUCACUAAAGUAAUGACAUUUGAGAAUGUGAAGCGGUGGCUGAAGGAGCUCCGGGACCAUGCUGACUCAAACAUUGUUGUCAUGCUCAUUGGUAACAAGAUCGACCUUAGGCAUCUCCGUUCUGUUGCGGUUGAGGAUGCUGCAAGCUUUGCAGAGAGUGAAGGGUUGUUUUUCAUCGAGACCUCUGCACUUGAUGCAACAAAUGUUGAGAAGGCUUUUCAAACUGUGCUAGCUGAGGUCUACCGAGUUAUCAGCAAGAAGCCCCUGUCAUCUGAGGAGUCUGGAUCAGGGUCUGGUAAUAUCAGAGGGGGACAAUCCAUUCAAGUGUCAGCCACAAAUUCUAGCACCCUUACAUCACGGUGCUGCUCUUCUUAGAGGUGCUCAUCAGGAUCAUGUGAACAAACAAUUGAGGUCCUCCAUUUGAGUCGUAGACUUGUCGAAAUAUAUUACUCUCUGCGUGAGCAAUAAGUGUAGAUUUUAAGAAUGGCAGACUUGAGACACUGACUACUUGACCUGCAUAGUCUUUUUACAUCAAAAGCUACUGUGGGAGGAAAGGUGUAUCGCUCUCUAACUGAGCAAAAAACUCUGUACCACUCCCAGCAAAGCUCCUUGCUCUUACCUAGUAGCAGGGUAGUAUUUAUAUAAUUUGCAGUUGUGGUUUUUGUUGGGUUAACUAUUUUAUUUGUAUUGUUAACCUAGUAAAAAUCAACUUCUGCAUAUACACCUGACGUUAGUAGCUGGUGGUUGUGCUUCCUAUCUUGCAAUUACUGUUGUGGAUGCUGUCCGUCAUUUUUCUUCUCCUGAGAUUGAAACUGUAUGUCAAUGGAUUGUCCUAGUUUUCAA